AUGCCUCGCACCUGGUUCAUCACCGGCUGCUCCUCCGGCUUCGGUCGUCAUUUAGCCAUCACCGCUGCACAAAACGGCGACAAGGUCGUUGCCACCUCUCGCGAUCCAUCCAAGCUAGACGACCUUAGAUCACUUGGCGUUAUCCCGACCAAGCUGGACAUUCACAACGAGACAGAAAUCCAAGCCGUGAUUGACCACGUCGAGUCCACCAUCGGACCGAUUGACAUCCUCGUCAACAACAUCGGGUACAUCCUCGAAGGUGCCAUCCGGAUCCUCCGCGCAGUCCUGCCAUCCAUGCGCGCUCGGAAAUCCGGUGUGGUGGCCAAUUUCGGGUCUAUCGGUGGUUGGAACGGAACGCCUGCUGCUGGAUUUUACUGUGCUAGUAAAGCGGCGGUUGCGAUUUAUACGGAGUCACUGGCGGCGGAAUUGCUUCCUUUUAAUAUUGACGUUACGUGCGUUGAGCCGGGGUAUUUCCGGACGGAUUUCCUCGAGGGGGAUCAUAAGAUUGUUGCCAGCAAGAGGAUUCCCGAGCUGGAUGUUAGUACGCGGCAGACGCGCGAUGGACUUGCGGCGUAUAGUUUGAGGCAGCCGGGGGAUCCGGUGAAGGGGGCGCGGGUUCUUUUUGAGGCGUUGACGAGGACGGGGAGUUGUGAGGGUCGACGGUUGUCGGUGAGGUUGGCGCUGGGGAAGGACUCUUUGACUGCUAUUGAGCGCAGUUUGGAGAGGGAGCAGGAGAUGUUGGAGGGUUGGAGGGAGAUUAUUGCGUCGACGGAUUGCGAUGAUGUGAGGGGAUGGUAG